AUGAAUCCCGCCCCGCCUACGAAGAUGUCCUGUGGCACUGGUACCCAACACCCAAACCGCUGCACGGAAGCGAAUCCGGUGCACUCUGGCUCAAGCGAACGUUCAGGCUGUCGAUACUCUAACGGCUAUGACGAACAACAACCCUUCGUGCCGCCGGCUUGUGGAGACCCUAUAUCCUGA